UCCAUUGGCUCAGGCUGGGCCGAGCGCCUGCCGCCGAGCGGGUGAGGAGCGGCCCCGGUCCGAGCGGGCCAUGGCCAGCACCGGGAGCCCCCUGUAUGAUGCUGUUCCAAUCCAGUCAAGCGUGGUGUUAUGCUCCUGUUCAUCCCCUUCAAUGGUGAGGAACCAAGCAGAUUCCAGCACUCCAUCUGUCAUUUCCACUUGUGGCAGCAGACAGGGAUCUAACAUGGAGGGCACAGCACCUGAAUCAAGAUCUAAUUCAAACUCCUUGCAGCAACAUAUGGGCCAGCAACCUCCACAGCCUAGAAAGAAACGACCCGAUGACUUCAAAUUCGGGAAAAUUCUGGGAGAAGGAUCUUUUUCAACGGUUGUCUUGGCUCGAGAAUUGGCAAGUUCUAGAGAAUAUGCCAUUAAAAUUCUAGAAAAACGUCAUAUCAUAAAAGAAAACAAGGUACCAUAUGUGACACGAGAGAGAGAUGUAAUGUCCCGUCUGGAUCAUCCUUUUUUUGUGAAACUCUACUUCACCUUUCAGGAUGAUGAAAAGCUUUAUUUUGGACUUAGCUAUGCCAAAAAUGGAGAGCUGCUAAAAUAUAUACGCAAAAUUGGCUCAUUUGAUGAGACCUGUACAAGGUUUUAUACUGCUGAAAUUGUAUCAGCUCUGGAGUAUUUGCAUGGCAAAGGAAUAAUUCACAGGGACCUUAAGCCAGAGAACAUCCUAUUAAAUGAAGAUAUGCACAUUCAAAUAACAGACUUUGGAACAGCAAAAGUAUUAUCUGCAGAUAGCAGACAAGCGCGGGCAAACUCAUUUGUGGGGACAGCACAGUAUGUCUCUCCAGAACUGCUGACAGAGAAAUCUGCUUGUAAAAGCUCUGACCUCUGGGCUCUGGGAUGCAUAAUAUAUCAACUUGUAGCUGGAUUACCUCCAUUUAGAGCUGGGAAUGAAUAUCUUAUAUUCCAGAAGAUAAUAAAAUUGGAGUAUGACUUCCCAGAAAAAUUUUUUCCCAAGGCAAAAGACCUUGUGGAGAAGCUAUUGGUUCUAGAUGCUGCCAACCGAUUAGGUUGUGAAGAAAUGGGAGGAUAUGGACCUCUUAAGGCUCACCCUUUCUUUGAAUCCAUUGUGUGGGAGAACCUACAUCUUCAGACACCCCCUAAACUUACAGCAUAUUUACCUGCUAUGUCAGAGGAUGAUGAAGACUGUUACGGAAAUUAUGACAAUCUCCUGAGUCAGUUCGGUUGCAUGCAAGUUUCUAGUUCUGCCUCUUCCCAUUCACUGUCUGCUGCAGAGACAAGUACACCACAGACAUCAGGAGGAAAUAUUGAACAGUAUAUUCAUGAUCUUGACAACAAUUCCUUUGAGCUGGAUUUACAAUUUUCUGAAGAUGAAAAGAGGUUACUUCUGGCAAAACAAGCUGGUGGAAAUCCUUGGCAUCAGUUUGUAGAGAAUAACUUAAUCCUAAAAAUGGGGCCAGUGGACAAAAGAAAGGGAUUGUUUGCACGUCGGCGCCAGUUGCUGCUUACAGAAGGACCCCACCUGUAUUAUGUGGAUCCUGUCAACAAAGUUCUAAAAGGAGAAAUUCCAUGGUCUUUAGAGUUGCGUCCAGAAGCCAAGAAUUUUAAGACAUUUUUUGUUCACACGCCAAACAGGACAUAUUACCUGAUGGACCCAAGUGGGAAUGCUCAUAAAUGGUGCAAAAAGAUACAUGAAGUUUGGCGGCACAGAUACCACCAGAAUGCUGCAAAAUAGUAAAGCUCAUCCAAAAUUUCCCAGUUUCCCUACUUGCUGCUAGAACUCCGUGUGCAGCCGAUCAGAGGAAUCUUUACAACCCACCUAUUACCAUCUCAAGGGGAAGCAUCUGUCUGAAAUGUUCUUGGGGGGGAGGGGGGGUUUGGUGUUUUUUUUUUUUUUUGUUUUGGUUUUUUUUUUUUUUUUUUUUUUUUUUUUUUUUUUUUUUUUUGGUUUUCUUCUUUUGUUUGUUUGGGGUUUUUGGGGGGAUUGUUUGUGUGGUUUUUUGGGUUUUUUUGGUGGGUUUUUUUGUUUUUUUUUUUGUUUGUUUGUUUUUUUGUUUUUUUUUUAAGAAGGAAAAAAAGGAAGAAAAGCAAAAACCUAAUGGAAUUCAGGGUUGCUUUGCUUGCUCUUUGUGCUUCUGUUGAGGCUUCCACACGCAUAUCAUUGCAGUGAAGAUCUUGCUUUUGUGCACUUCAGUUCCAUUUCUGCUGCAGACUAGUGGAUAGACCUUGCAUUACCAGCUUCACUUAAAAUGAGUUAAAACCAAUCCACACGCACACAUGCCGAAUCAUGUACCAGCCUUGCAUUUUAUGCAGCUGGAGUUUUCUGUGACUCUCAGAUUAUCAUUAAACUGUUUCAUCAGGGAGCUUUUAUAUGCUUCUCCUAAGUACCACCUCUUGGUUUUCUUUUGCUCACAGUCCCCCAGCUUACUGCUAUAUGGCAUUUGUAGCCAGGUCAGUUGCACCCUUGUGUGAUUCCUAACAUAGUUCUGGUUGCAGGAUUUGUGUGGUACUUUAGUAAUUGUGAAUGAAUCAGGUGUAUUUGUCUGGCAGACAGGCUCCAAUGAUAAAGCUUCUGAGAAAGUAAAAUGCUGAACAUCACACUCAGAUUUCUAAAAUUGAAAUGUUGGCUUCUGAAGCAUUUUAAACAUUAAGUUUAAAUUUAAAUUUAAGUCAUAUGUGUGUUUAAUCAAGGGACAAUAAACUCACCAGCAUGCUUUUAACUAAUGCUAACUAAGAGAAGCUAGUUAGUAUGGGGGAGAAAAGGCUACUAUUGAAAUAGUAAAUAGUUUUUCACCUUUUCAGCAGAUGAGGGCUAGAAGCUUUCUUUCCAGGGUGUGCAUGUGUUGUGCUUUUUAGUGGGGCCAACCUAUUUACUUGGGUAGAGAAGGAAGUGUGAAAACUUUGUACAAUUGAUUACUUGACUUUUUUUUUUGUCUCAUUGUGUAAUGAGAUGUCAGUUCUAUUUUUGGUCCUUGGCCAAACAUUCAGGAACUCUGGAAAAAAUGUAAGACAUUGAAAUAUAGAUAAUAAAGUAAUCUGGUGAGAAAAUCAAAGGCAAAUAUUGAUACAAAGGGGAAAAUACAUGGUACUUAAAGCAGCAUAUCUAUAUAAUGAGAAUAUUUUUCAUAUCGAUCUCCUUUAUGCUCUUCAAAUUAUGACUGUUUAUUUUGUGGUCAAACAUUUCUUGUCGUGCUACAAAGACACAACUUCCUGUGUGGAAAAAAAACCCUUCCCCUGUGGUAUUUUCAACAUGCCUGUGUUCAUAAACCUUGCAGAGGGGAAUGACCUAGGUCUGGACAAAGACAUUCCUUCCUUGUUUUAAAAGCAGUACAAACAUCACACCUAUUUAGUCACUUGCUACACAUACCAUUAACUUUGCAUUUUGAGUUGUCAUACUAUGAUGUGCUUUUCCUUCCACCAAAGAAAGGUUUCUCUACAAUGCUGAAAAAGUCACAAAUAUUGCUUUUCUAAAAGCAAUAUUUUAGAAACAAUAGCUUACCAGAUUUUUCAGAAAAUACAUGACUGUUGAAUAUUUUCUUGUACAUGGUGAAAGAGAUUUAUUGUUGGUCUUUUAAAAACUGUGUUAUAUGGUUGAAGUUGAUGGCAGUUCAGCUUUUCCAGUCUUUAAAAGAGAUGGUGCAAUUGCCUUUUCUUUUGGAGCAACUGCAUUCCUGUAGUCUUCUGUAUCCAUCCCACCACAUACAGAAAACUGAGAGAAGGAAAUCCCUGGCUUACUGUGUCUGGUGUUAAAGGAGAGAAGGGAUCCUUUAAAUGGCUGAGGAAGACAGAAAAGUGUUCCCUUUGCAUCAUGAGAAAUUUUAUCACAUACAAACUACACUCAUUCUCACUCAAAUUUGAAUAGCACAGUGCACCUUUGAUCUGUGUCUGUAGUAAGCUGUACGUACCAUUCUAACCAACAUGAUGUGUAUUUUAAAUCUGUUGCAGUGCUAUCUAUUUGUUCUCCAGCUGUCAAAUUCCAGAUAUGUGUUGUGUCCACUGGAGGCAACCCUACCACUUUUUGAUUUAAUCUAUGGUAUAGAGAUGUACAUAGAUGUAUUCCCAGCUUUAUACAGGAGAGUUUGACAGCGAUGGAGAUUCACAGUGCCACUGCUGUUUAGUGUGACAAAACUUGGCCUCACAUAAAAAGUCUGGCAAAAUGACCUCCACUGGCUUGUUAACGAGGUAGAAAUCUAGGUGUGCAUUAACAUGUUUUCUGUAAUAUUUAGAUUUUUAGUCAUUUUACCAUAGCAAAGUAAUUAUGUGUUUUCACACCUUGAAAAUCUUCUCUCAGUAGGCUUUCUUCCUGCCCACCAAAAGAUUUCAGCCAGUCAGAUCUUUGUAGCAGUAAACUGUCAAGAAGGUAUCUGCAAGGCUGAUGUCUGCAUUCUAUAAAUCCUUUUUUUUUAACUGACAAUGCUGUGAUUGGAAAGCUGUGAGCAUCUCUUACAGGCAUCACUCCACUUAGAAUUUCAGUAUUCCUAAUCCAGUCUUACUUAGCUACUGCUUUUUUGGGAAGGAACUGGAACUUUACUGGGAGAGGUAUUUCUAUUUCUUGGACUAUAUGUAGAAUCUCUGGGUUUGAAAGAUGACAAGAAUAUGGAGUAAGGCAUCACAAAGCAAUCGUGGAUUCAAGCAUGUUUUACCAGUUUGUCCACUUAAAUGUGUGUUGGCAGGUGCUGCAUACUAUAAAGGGCUGAUACCCAUUUUAAAUGCUCCUGUGGGUCAUGGGAGUUCAUGGAAUGGAAUGUGCAAGGGAGGUUCUUCAGAGCUGCACAUAGGCCAGGUGAUUUUUCUGCUUUUAGUCCAAGGUUUUUAAAGCAGGAAAAAAAUUUAGGUACUUGAAGACUCUUCUUAAGAUUCCUGCUUACUAGAGACCUGCUGAAAACCCAAUCUGUUGAUUGUUUCCAUCUCUUGCAAUUUGAAUAAUUGCCAAUCAUUUAUGAAGAACCUGGUCAAUAAUGUUGUAAUUUUGCUUUGGUUGGUAUUUGAACUUCAUAAAGGUGUUAAUUCCAUCUUCUUCUAUGGUUUGGAUCUUAAGAAAGGAUGAAGUAGUACUGCUGAAUCACAAGAAGUAUAAGACUACUUUAAUAAACCGAGAAAUUAGUUUGUUACCAUUUUCCUUGAAGUCCAGUUUUGUAAAGGUUUUGUAUUAAGGAGUUACUUCAGAUGUGGUGUUGAGGCAUUGUUAGCAAACUGAUACUGCCUGUUUUGAUUCCAUUUGCUAGGCACUUAGGUGCUGAAAAGAUCAAACUCUCAGUACUGUGCUCUACUUCUUCUGACAUAGAUUUAAUUGUGAAGUAUCUGCUAUAUAUAAAAGUCUGAAAAGAAUUGUGGAUUGAAACAAAGCUGUGAUGAUUCUAAUCAGCUUUCAUAGUUCAAGAUGCUUAAUUUAAUGUGCUUGAUACAAUUACAUUUUGUGCUGGGAACUUUGAAAAAUUAUGAGAAUUUCCCACAUGUACAUUUUCUUUUGAAAUAUUUAGUAAAGUCAAGACAAUUACUUCAUUUGGCCUGUGGAUGAAACAUUUGAUUUCAACACUUUGCUGAGGAGAGAACUUGUGUAUAUUUUGUUUAUAUUUGCCUAAAGAUGAGGCCUCUGGAUGGAUUCUGAUCAUUCUACUAGUAAAUUGCACAAAUAGGUGUGAUACUUGUAUCUGAAAUUUUGUUGAAUGCCUGUAAUAUUUCACAGAAAUAUUUUAUUAAUCAAAUGGAAAUGCUUCUGCAGAGCCUCAUAAUGCCGAUUGUCCAUCAGUUGAUCAAGUGAGCUUAUAGACAAGUAGUUCUGUGACCCAAAAAUGUCAUCUUUUCAUUUAUGAUUGAUUAUUUCAGAAUGUUUCCUCUUUUAUAGAAGAAAUUACUGUUAUGCAACCAAUAGUUGGAGAGGUUCUUAAGCACCCAAUAGCCUGGUUUUAGAAUAAAGAGAAUAUACUGAGUUGGAAAGGACCCAUCAAGGUCAUUGAGUCCAACUCCUGGCCCUGCACAGGACUCCCUAGCAAUGUGCCAGACACCUUCUGAACUCAGGCAGGCUUGUUAGUGUGACUGCUUCCUGGGGAGCCUCUUACCUGUUCAGCCACCCUCUGGGUGAAAAACCUUUUCCUGACACCUAACCUUAAUCACCUGUGACACAGCUUCAUGCCAUUUUCUCAAGUCCUGUCCCUGGUCAAGAGAGAAAUGUAUCUGUCAGCUGGGCCGUGUGUGUAGAUGAUUGCCAUUUGACAAAGCUUCCUCUGGCCAUGUACUAACUGAUUUGAUGUGGUGAAUAUUCAAAAUGGUAGCAGAACUGAAAAUUACUGUAUCUGACAAACGACAAAAAAUAGGAAUCAGGAAUCAUAAUCAGCUUUGAUAGUUGUAUGCUGUUUCCAGGUUGUUGGCAGUCAGUUACACAUGCUAUGCUCUGCCUGGUUUGUAGCUGUAACUGUGAUGUACAGAAAAGAGAAAAAAACCCAUCCCAAGCAAACAAAACCCCUGAUCCCCCUCAACAAACCAUAAAACAAUCUCCCCUCUUCCAAGAACUCAUGAAAACAGAAGCAAAUACUGCAAUGAUAUAAGAUACACACUUUUGUAUUUUGAUUCUUCUAAGGUUAUUUGCUGGCUCUUGUUGGCCUCUAUUUCAGUCUGUGUUAUUUAAAUUCUAAUAUAUGAAUUAUUUGGAUCGAAUUCAUGUUCGGGGCCAUGGUGUUGUAUGUAUUGAUGUACAGCCUUGAAUGUGAAUAAUUAUUGUAAACUAUAUUUUACACCUUUUUUCUGGCUUUAUUAUAUAAAUUUUCUAUUGGUCGAUGAUUUAAUCAUCUCUCAUAAUUUAAUGACUGUUCUCGACAGAUCUCUGUGCUGUAGAUGUGUAGUUAGUGACUGGAUGACGGAUUUCACUUGUGCUUGGUAGUCUGUAAUAAAGGCAUGUAGGGUUU